CUCAAUGGAAAAACAAAAAUAAAAGAGUUCCUAGCCUUGUUCUUGCUCGUUUGCAGAUCACAACGUGCAUCAACAUUAAGCUUUUAUUUUCUCCAUAUUUUCAGACCUAAUACACUCCCAAAAAAACCCUCUCCCCCAUAUUCAACUAUUCCCAAGUGAAAUCAAAGAUUAAAAGUGUGAUUCAAGUAUUAAAGUUUCCGGAUUGUUUAUCGGAUGCUAGUUCUUCUUCUUGUGGAGGUUUUGGAAGAUACUUCAUAGUGAAGUAAUCUCUGUGUUGAAGUGUUCUUGAGUUCUUGAGGAUUGGCGUACUAGUUACGACGAGCUCGUUGUUGGGCCGUAUUGACGACUUGAGGCAAACACAUAAACAAUAUGUUCAGCUCCUUACAAUGGAUAGAGUCACUCUCCUUCAAUUCAUUUUUCUCCUCUGUUUUAGCCCUUUCACUCAUUUCCUUCCUCAUUAUGAUUCUCCUCAUGACUAAAACCAAAACCAAAAAUCUCCCCCCAUCUCCUCCAAAAUUACCAUUAAUUGGUCACAUGCACAAACUAGGCUUGUACCCUCACCACUCUCUACACAAAUUAGCUCAACAAUAUGGACCCUUGAUGUUCCUUAAACUCGGAACCGUGAACACUCUUGUUGUAUCCUCAGCUGAGGCAGCUUCCGAAAUCAUGAAAACACAUGACCUUAUUUUCAGUGACAGGCCUAAGUCCAACGUCAGCAAGAAACUUCUAUACGACUAUAAGGAUGUCUCUGUCGCGCCUUAUGGAGAGUACUGGAGACAAUUGCGAAGCAUUUGUGUCCUUCAAUUGCUAAGCAACAAAAGGGUUCAAUCUUUUCGCGUUGUGAGGGAAGAAGAGACUGCCCUUUUACUCAAGAAAACCAGGGAGUUUUCUCCAGAGGCAGUGAAUUUGAGUGAGUUGUUUAUGACACUUACAAAUGACAUUGUGAGCAGAGCAGCUUUUGGGAGGAAAUAUAGUGGAGGGGAGAGUGGGGAGAAGUUUAGGAAGUUGAUGAAGGAAUUUGUGGAAUUAUUAGGUGGAUUUGAUCUGGGGACUCUUUUGCCUUCACUUGCAUGGAUUGAUAGACUGAGUGGUUUAGAAGCAAAAGUGGAGAGAGUUGCCAAGGAGAUGGAUGAGUUUCUUGAAGGAGUAGUGGAAGAACAUUUAGAUAGUCAUUCAAGAGUGAGGGACUUGUUGGGGGAAAGAGUGGAAAAUGAAAAAAGAGAGGACUUUGUUGAUGUUUUGCUUAAGAUUUACAAGCAAAACAUGGAUGGCUUUUCCAUUGACAGAGAUGGCAUCAAAGCUCUCAUUUUGGAUGUCUUUGCGGGUGGAACCGAUACAACUUACACUGUAUUGGAAUGGGCCAUGACAGAGCUUCUAAGGCAUCCUGGAGCCAUGAACAAACUUCAGAAUGAAGCGAGGGAUAUAGCUAAAGGGAGAAAUGAAAUAGUAUCUGAGAAUGACUUAGACAAAAUGCAUUACUUAAAAGCAGUAAUUAAGGAAACUUUGCGCCUACAUCCUCCGAUUCCUCUGUUAGUUCCCCGACAAGCCAGACAAGAUGUUAAGGUAAUGGGAUACGACGUUGCAGCUGGAACUAUGGUAAUAACAAAUGGUUGGGCAAUUGGAAGGGACCCGGCUAUUUGGGAUGAUGCAGAGGAGUUUAAGCCAGAGAGGUUCUUGAAUUCUUCGAUCGAUUUUAAAGGGUAUGAUUUUGGAUUGAUACCUUUUGGUGCAGGAAGAAGGGGAUGUCCUGGAAUUUCAUUUGCGAUGGCUUCUAAUGAGCUUGUACUAGCUAAUGUUGUGAGGGAUUUUGAUUGGGAAUUGCCAAAUGGAACAAAGGGGGGUGAUUUGGAUAUGACAGAAUGCACUGGUUUAACCAUUCACAGGAAAGUUCCUCUGUUUGCUGUUGCAACUCCAUACACCUCCUAGGUCUUCUUUUCCUUUGUUUCUCACUUGGUGUCCCAUACUUACUUUGGUGUCGGAGUUUGAUACACCUUUUAGUAUGAUCAAAGAAUGUACUUAAGAAAAAGGGGAACAAAGGGAGAUGAGUAGAAACACGAAUGCCAUGUAGUGAGUAUAUUGGCAUGUGGUAAAAGGGGGUGUUAGUCUUUAUUAUACAGCAUAAGGAUAUGUAGUUGAUUAGGAGUAAUAUAUAUUCCUAUUUGGUAA